GCCGCUCGCACACAGUUUCUCCGCCGCGGCGCUCCGACUCAGUGACUUCCCGCUUUUCAGGAUCUGUAAAGUCAGCGUGCUCAGCGCUACACCGGUCCGUGAUUCAGCGCCUUCCCUGUUGAGUGUUUGCGGCUCUCUCUCUUAUUUGUUUCUUGUUUCGUCGUUUGGAGACGACGCGGAGAGCACUGGGAACAGCUUACACUCACACUAGCUGCCCUACGUGCGUGUGUGUGUGUGUGCGCGCGCACGGAUUUGACAUGCUUUAAUUUGCAACUUUCCUUCUCUCACGGCGUGAGAAUAAAAUCGUUUCGUCGUGCGCAGAACAGUUUGUCGGUGCAAAAUAAAAACGAGGACGUGUAACGGAUUGUAAAAGGGACAACUUUAAUUUGUUGAUUUGUCUGGAUUUCGUGUUUCUUGUCGCUCCUGUAAGUGUUCACAGAAGGGAUGCGCUUCCACUCCGUCCGGACUACAGACUGAGAGCCGGCACGCGCAGUCGCUGCAGCGGCGCUUUAACAACCUCGGCAUUGGUACAACUCUCCUCUGGUGCUGUCACUCUUACGGAAGAGUUUAUGCACCGACCUGUGGAAGUCUUCACUAAGGAAGAGGUUGUUCAUAUACCCCGGUAACCGCGUGCCCGGAUCAGGACUGAGCUGCGCGCGAGGAGGCUGGAGAUGGCUCCGGUUGGGAUGCUGCUGAUCGGGGCAGUGUUAGGCUGGGUGUCCGUGUUGGCUGAAGAACCCGCGGCGAAAACCGUAGCUGACCGAUACGCCGUCUACUGGAACCGCACGAAUCCCCGAUUUUAUCGAUCUGACUACCACCUUGACGUGUGCAUCAAUGACUACCUGGACGUCUACUGUCCCCACUACAUGGACUCUGUGCCAGCAGAGAGGACAGAGCGUUACAUGCUGUACAUGGUGAACUACGACGGCUAUAGCUCCUGUGACCACACAGCAACGGGCUUCAAACGCUGGGAGUGCAAUCGGCCCUACUCUCCCAAUGGGCCUCUUAAGUUCUCAGAAAAGUUUCAGCUCUUCACACCAUUCUCGCUGGGCUUCGAGUUCCGACCGGGCAGAGAAUACUACUACAUAUCCUCUACAGUCGCUGAGAAUGGAAAAAAGACCUGUCUGAAGCUGAAAGUUUUCGUCAGACCUGCGAACAACUGCGUGAAAACCGUCACUGUUCAUGACCGGGUCUUCGACGUCAAUGACAGUAACUCAAUAGAGCCCAGAGACGACACAAGCCAUGAAUCAGCCGAGCCAUCCCGAGGAGAUGUCAAUUCUGCUGGACGUGUACAUAUGGCUGGUCUCCCGCUAGCCUCAGCCCUGAUCAUCCUCAUCUCUCAAAAAUCAUUAUAGCAGCCUCUGUGUGUGUGUGAGGGUACAGUAACAGGUCAUAAUCUCAAUGCAGAGGAGGACUCUUAAAAGAGCACUUUUUUUUUUUGGAAGAAAAAAAAGUAGACAUCUGAGGUCCUCAUUAUCUCCACUGUUCCUCUAAUGAGAAGACGCCAGAACUCAGAUGAUAAGAGUGGGAUCUUCUCAUCCGGGAUGCAUUACAGGAUGGAUUUUGGUGGAUAUCGGUACACUAGCCAGAUAAAUGUAUAUGCAUACACACUUUCUUUCAUUAAGCAAUGGCUUACCUUUAAAUGGAAGGUGGAAAAGACAUAUAUAUUUUAUUUUAUUUUAUUUGGACUUUUUUUCUGUAAAAGGAAUAACAGACUCCCAUCAGCAUGAGCCAGGUGUCAGAUAUCUGGAACCAUGGGAACAUUUUAAACACAACUGUGUACAGGACUGACACAGAACUGGUUUCAGAGUGUACCUUCUAUCGCGUCUUUACCUGGGGACUUUAUUGUUGUUUUUAAGGAGUUUUCUUAUAUAAAAAAAGAAAUAAGCACUCAUCUGUUUUGUACAUUGUGUACAGUUUAAAAAGCGGAAUACAAACUGUAUUCUUGAAAUGAAUAAGUGCUCAAGUGUAGUAGCAACAGUGGUAUUUUGUUAUAGAGUUUGCAGCCUCGCUGAUCAAUUCUGUAAGUGAAUAUAUUUGUUUGUUUAACAAAAAAAGCAUUUUCCCAUAUUUAUUACUCAUUCUUUCACACCCUGCCACUGCACCUAUAAGUGCGUAUUCAUCCUGGAUUCACACUAACAGUCCACAGGCCUGUGGUGUGAAUGUGGGCACGCUCUGUCCAGCUUUAAAAAAAAAAAAAAAAAAGAAACAAGGUAAUAAAACACUUGGGUGCAUUAUGUUAUAAGAAAAUAAUCAACGAAAGGGGUGGAGUGAUGCGGCCCAACACAAAGAAUGUACUUCUUAUAGCCCAGAUUUGAUCAUUUUCCUGUAACAGCAUGUGUUUUAAUCAUCUUACACCAUAGUGAUUUUACAACUACACUACAUUACAGCAAAACACUUUUUACUGUUAUCCAUUUAUUCUUGUGGAACAGCUGCAAAAUUAUUUCCAGUUAUCAGUUAAGUUACAGCAGUCUUUCUCUCUACAGCCUCUCCUUUUUAUCUUUCUUGAAGUUGAUAUAAUUUACAAAAAAAAUGCAGCUUGUCAUGUUACUAAGAAACCACAAAGCAUAAAGACAUUCUUGUGUCAAAAAAAGGUCAAGAUACAGCUUUAUAUUUGACUCCUACAAAUGAUUGGAGACUCCAUUCCAUAAAUGCUAAAUAAACAUCCCUUACAGAAAACAUCACCACAUCAGCGAUUACACGUUUUUUCUUUCUUUUUGUCUUUUUUUGUUGCUUUUUUUUGUCUGAUUAUGUGGCCUGCCAGUUCCUGUGAAUAACCUGUUACAGUAGAAAGGAUAACAUUUUUAAAACAAGUGCAUUCAAAUAAAUGUGUGACUACUGUCAGUGUAUUAAACUGUCUGCUGUAUAGAAGACUAAAUCACCACCUCUGAACAGUCAGGACUACGAAUUCAACAGCACUAUGGUCUAAGCACAUAAAUGUUGUUUAAACUGUGGUACAUUUUUGUCCAGUGCUGUUGAAGAGGAAGGAAGUGAAAUUGUCAGUGUAAAGCGAUAGAUGAAACUUUGGUCGACCCUGUUACAUAACUGACCCAAGAACUUUACUGAAAAAAAAAAAAUCACUUGCAGUACAUAUGUGAUAACACCAUAUUCAGUAUACGGUGCGUUAUUUUUGGACAUUUGCCAUUCUCAAGUCAUGUUUUAAACCAUAGCUAAGUCACAUAUCACUCAGCACAUAUGAAAUUGCUUAGUGUCGUAAUGAUGUGUCUUGGCUGGUAAUAAUGGCAUUAUGCAAUAAUGUACUGUGCUGUUUGUACAGAAAAAGUUGUAGAGCGUCAUUUUCAAGACAGGAUUCAAUUUGUUGCUGAUUUACAUAAUUUUAAUUUAGUUUCUUUCAAUCUCUGGGAUCACAGCUUUAUUUUGUCAACUUGCACAAAAAAUAAAGUUUGCUUGUGGCUUUUUUUUUAGCUUGCUAGUGUGAGCACAAGGUAAUGAGGUACAAAAAUAAUAAUAAUAAAAAAAAAUCUUGGAAUUGUAACCAAAAAUAAGUUAGACGUAGAGACAAGCUAAGAUAUUGACAUCUCUUUCAACUAGUUUAUAGUCCAUGUCCAUGUUUAUGGCAAGUGCCACAAUUUAAAAAACUUAUUGGCAUCUUAAAGCCUGUAAUGGAGGUACAGUAUCAUGAAAAUUUCAAUAUCAAAGGCCUUUUGUAAAUGGGAAAAAAAGGAACACAAUGCCCAGCAGCGCACAGUUAAAAGCAAAAUGGAAAUAUAUCAAUUUUAUCUUAAGGAUAUAAAUAUUUUGUUCAACACCUCGAAGUUCCGCUUUCAGCUUCCUAAGAUGUAAACAUGAUACGGCAUGGUGAGGUGAUGCUGACAGAGCAGUGCGCCGAAGCCGUCCGCGGUGGCAGCUGCAGGCCUGACGUGAUUUAAUAGACUGUUUGAUGUUGUCCAGGGGACAGGAAUGUGGGCCACAUACUGCGGCCUCAUGUGGGUCAUUUCUGGAAUUAAAAAUCGACUGGUGUGUCAGACCAUACUGGUGUUCAGUUUAGUGGUAGGCUAGCAUUACUGACAUGAACUCAGACAAGUAGGGGGAGCGGAAGAGAAUGCUUUGCUGUAAUCAAUAGUAAUGGAUUCACAGAUUGAAUGUAACAGUAAAUAAUUUGCAUCAGUAUCUGUGCUGGUAAUGAUUUUUAGCAAAACAGUUAUAGUAUAAGUGACAAAAGAGUCAUCUAGCUUUAAAACCAAUCAUGGUGGAAACAGUGCAUUUGUUAAUUGUAUAGAAAAAACAUGAACAUAAAACAUUAAAGUAUCCAAUUUAAACCUUCCUGCAAAUCAUCCAAGGCACAUUUGUGUGUUCACUUUAUGAUUUUAAAGCUAUGAGGCUAAUCAAGCUAAACAACAAGUAGAUACAUCUUAAUGCUUAUAAUUUUUUCCUUGUCUCAGGCUCCAGGUGCAUUUGGCAAUUUGCAGUUUACACAAAAAGUCAGAACCAGUGGACUGGAAUUUUGAUGCAACUUUUUACAGAGAAAUUCCCAGUCAUUAAAUCAUGUUGUUAAUUAAUCACAGUCAUUUCAGCUUCAAUAGAGCACCUGUUUUUAGCAAGGCAUCCUUAUGUCCAAUUUUAUGUUAAGAUAGAGUAACAAAAAAAACUAAAACUUGAUCUUUUAAAGCAAGAAAAAAUGUAACUUAAUUUUUUCAUUUCAUUAAGGGAUUUGUUGAUUGAAGAUUUAUGCAGUGUGCUUCUGUAACAAAAAUGUUUUUUUUUUUUUUACAUAGGAGCAUACGAAUCCUGAUUUUAUGGAUACUGUGUAUCCGUAGGUUUGUGAUAUAUGAUAUAUAAUAUACAGUGAUAAUACGAGAGAGAAUUAACAUACAAAAAAAGAGAGAUUUAAUUGCAGUGUUCAUGGUCAAUUUUUUUUGUAUGUGACGCUAAUGAUUUUCCAGUGCAUGAUUUUUAGUGUUGUGCUGGAACUCAGUUUAACAAAAAAAAAAGUAACAUAAGCAGGUGUAUGUACUUUCAUGCAGUCAGAUAUGAAUCUUGUAGAAUAAAGGACAAAGAUGCUAUUAUUAAUAUGAGAGCAUAUACUGCAGGGUGACUGAGUGAUCGGCGAUCCUGGUUAUUAUGGUCAUGAUGGUUUGAAGGUACAAUUUAGUGUUUUCCUUGAUCUAACACACUCACUUCAAAUCAGGGGCUAAGAAAGAGGGUGUGUUUAAGCAGGAAAAUGCAGAAAUAUGCUGUACAGUGGGUUCUUUGGAAAUAGGUUGAGUUGAUCUAGAAGGAAAUCCAUGCAGUUAGGAGAGUAGGGAACGUACAGUAAGUCUGGACCACAACCAAUCCUGAACUGAUUUUCUGCAAAGGCUCUAGAAAAAGCAUAUCAGUUGCAAAACAUCUGGAAAGUACUCAUCUGCAAAACUGCAAAAUCCAAUUGUCAUAUAACACAACAGGUACAAACAUUUGUUCAGUGUUGACUGUAACUAGAAGCCCCUGUCACUUCAUUUUUGUAUAAUAGAAGUGCUUGUUAAGGGUGUGUGUGUGUGUGUGUGUGUGUGAGUGAGUGUGUGUGGAGGGGGGGGGGGUAUUAAAUAAUUGACAUUGACAUUAUUGUUUUUGUAUUGUUGCAUUUCACAUAGCACUGUGACCUGAGCACACAUGUAGUUUCACGCUCACUUGUUUCAGACAUGGGCCAUCACAGAGAAGUCUUGGUCCUUUAGCACGCCGCUGUGUUGGUCAUGUUCACCUGAUGCUUGAGACCUUCUGCUUUAUGUUAUACACAUUUUUAUAUCCUCACAUGCCAUUGUUUGUAAAUACACUUGUCAGAGCUGCCCAAACUAAUAAUAAAAAAAAAGAUUCAAUAAAUCUGUCAUUGUUGUAA